UUUUUUUUUAAUUUUUUUAUUACACAUAAAAAUGGACCAAUUUUUGGAAUACGUUGAAAAGCAUCAAAACGACUUUGUUGAAAGACUUCGUAAAGCUGUUGCAAUCCCUAGUGUAAGUGGCGAUCCUUCUCAUCGUCCUGAUGUUUUCCGUAUGUCUGAAUUCUUGGUCUCUGAACUUAAGGCCUUGGGAGCUUCUGUUGAAACUCGUGAUCUCGGUAAGCAAGACUGGCAUGGACAAACCUUGGACUUGCCUCCUAUUGUUCUUGCUACUGUUGGUAACGAUCCUUCCAAAAAGACAAUCCUUGUCUAUGGUCACUAUGAUGUUCAACCUGCACUUAUUGAGGAUGGCUGGAAUACAAACCCCUUUGAAUUAGUCGAAGAUGAUCAAAACCGCUUGAUUGGUCGUGGUGCCACUGAUGAUAAGGGACCUGUUUUAGGAUGGAUUAAUGUUGUUGAAGCUCAUAAAGCCCUUGGCAUUGAAUUACCUGUUAAUCUCAAGUUCUGUCUUGAAGGUAUGGAAGAAUCUGGCUCAGAAGGUUUAGAUAGCCUCAUCUUUGAAGAAGCUGACAAAUACUUUAAUGAUGUUGAUGCUGUUUGUAUUUCUGAUAAUUACUGGCUUGGUACCACUAAGCCCUGUUUAACUUAUGGUCUUCGUGGUGUCUCUUAUUUCCACAUGAAGGUGAAAGGACCUCGUGCUGAUCUUCAUUCGGGUGUAUUUGGUGGUACUGUUCAUGAACCUAUGACUGACCUUAUUAGUCUUAUGAGUAAACUUGUUGAUCAAAACGGUAAAAUCCUUGUUCCUGGUAUUUAUGAACAAGUCCGUGCUUUAUCUCCUGAGGAGGAAAAGACAUAUGAUAACUUGGACUUCAAGAUGGAAGAACUUUAUGAUGCAGUUGGUAAUAAGAUUAAUAUUCAUGACUCCGUUCGUAAGACUCUUCAAGCUCGUUGGAGAAAUCCUUCUCUUUCUCUUCACGGUAUUGAAGGUGCCUUCUAUAAUCCUGGUGAUAAGACCGUUAUUCCUGCUUGUGUUACUGGUAAAUUCUCUAUUCGUACUGUACCUGAUAUGGAGCCUAAAGAGAUUUCUGCUUUGGUCGUCAAAUACUGUCAAGAUGAAUUUGCCAAAUUGGGUUCAAAGAAUAGCUUAGAAGUUCAAUGUACUCAUGAUGGUAACUACUGGCUCUCUAGUCCUGAACAUCCUAACUAUGUUGCCGCUGCUAAAGCCGUUGAAACUGUUUAUAACGUCAAACCAGAUUUGACACGUGAAGGUGGUUCUAUUCCCGUUACUUUAUCUUUCCAAGAUGCUCUUAAGAAGAAUGUCUUGUUGUUGCCAAUGGGUCGUGGUGAUGAUGGUGCUCACUCUAUUAAUGAGAAAUUGGAUAGAUCCAAUUACAUUAAGGGUACUCAAUUGUUAGGUGCCUAUUUGUAUGAAGUUUCUAAAAUUCAAUUGUAAUUUCAUAAAUAAAUAUAUUAUAUAAUACUUUAA